CGGCACCGGAAGUGGCCGGCCGGGAUCAGCCUUUAAGAUGGCGUCUCCUCAGGGGGGCCAGAUUGCGAUCGCGAUGAGGCUUCGGAACCAGCUCCAGUCAGUGUACAAGAUGGACCCACUACGGAACGAGGAGGAGGUCCGAGUAAAGAUCAAAGACCUGAAUGAGCACAUCGUCUGCUGCCUGUGCGCUGGCUACUUCGUGGAUGCUACCACCAUCACAGAGUGUCUUCAUACUUUCUGCAAGAGUUGUAUUGUGAAGUACCUCCAAACCAGUAAGUACUGCCCCAUGUGCAACAUCAAGAUCCACGAGACACAGCCACUGCUCAACCUCAAACUGGACCGGGUCAUGCAGGACAUCGUGUACAAGCUAGUGCCUGGCUUACAAGACAGUGAAGAGAAACGGAUUCGAGAAUUCUACCAGUCCCGAGGCUUGGACCGGGUCACCCAACCCAGUGGGGAAGAGCCAGCCCUGAGCAACCUCGGCCUCCCUUUCAGCAGCUUCGACCACUCGAAAGCCCACUACUAUCGCUAUGAUGAGCAGCUGAGCCUAUGCCUGGAACGGCUGAGUUCUGGCAAAGACAAGAAUAAAAGCAUCCUGCAGAACAAAUAUGUCCGAUGUUCUGUUAGAGCUGAAGUUCGUCACCUCCGGAGGGUCCUGUGUCACCGCUUAAUGCUAAAUCCCCAGCAUGUACAGCUCCUUUUUGACAAUGAAGUUCUCCCAGAUCACAUGACUAUGAAGCAGCUAUGGCUCUCCCGCUGGUUCGGCAAGAAAUCCUCUGAGUUUCAUCAUGAAGGAGGGCCUCUCUAUGUCCGUGGUCCCUCAGUGAAUUGCCAAAGGAGAGGGGUAGAGGACCCUACACAUAUAAAACUCAGAAGGGCCUCUGAGCCGUGGUGGAACGACUUGGGUCCAGAGAGCCGGAGGAGUCCACUCACCUGCCUUUGCUUCCACAUCGCAUCCUGGUUGCAGACGCUCUGCCAGGCCAGGUCCUGCCGAGUCUCGAGUUGCCCCAGCCCCCUCGCGCCGCACUAAUAACUUCCAGCCGCCAGGACCUCUUUAAGAGCAUUCGGCAGGGAUGGGGCGGGGACGAGGCGGCUAGGUCAGGAGACUGAGGUUCUUCCUAGGAGAGAUUGGAGAUCCUAGAACCGUCAGCUCUGAUCUCCCUCCUCGGAAUUUUGCAAAUCCCCAUCCGCCGGGGGUCGGGGAAGCAAUCUUAUUGCCGACUAGUUUAUGAGCCAGAGCCACGGCUUGGCGGGGAGUCAGUGGCACACAGAAUCUGGGGGCCGUCCAGGAAGGGUCCAGCCUGAAUGUGCACCGGGCCGCGCCCCGCAGCGCGGAGCAGCUCGGCGGCACGGUACGGCAGGUUGUUCGGGGCUUCUCUCCGAGCCUCCCCACCCUGUAGAAAUACCGCUGCCGGGACAUCUACCAGCUCCAGACCUACUGCGGCCCCGAGUUGGGGGCUGGGGGCGCAGGAGGAGGGGCACACGGGGCUCGGGCCCAGCGCGGAGGGCGGGUCCGAGGCGGGGGGCCCAGAUCGGGAGCCGUGCGCCGGGGCCCAGGCAGCUGCGGAGCGGAUCGCAGCCGGCGGCGGCACCGCCACAGCCCGACCGGCCAUGAACUCGGGACCCGAGCCCCGGACACCCCGGACACUCUUCAGCAUCGCAGACAUCCUAGGCCCGAGCAUGGUUCCCCGAGGACCUUCUACGUCUCCGCUUCCAGAGUCGAGCCCUGGUCCCACAUCGCCUCUGUGCGCGCUGGAGGAGCUGACCAGUAAAACUUUCCGCGGACUUGACGGGCACGCUCCGGAGUCCUCUGAAGGUAUAGCGACCGCGAGGUCGCGCACUUUGACUCGGCCUUCUCCCCAUCUCUCUCCUCCAGGUCCGGGUCUCGAACCUUCGUUCACCCUGGCCCCCACCCUAAUCUGCCCCCUGCUCUCAGCCCACGUGCUGGGACUUGCAUCUCCCACUCCUCACCUCCCCUCCGUUAGUUCCCAGGCUCCGCGGCCGCUCCUGGAGGCCGCCAGCGCCGAGGGGAAGGGCCGGUCUGUCGAGAACUGAGUGACCCGCGGGUCGGUGCGCUGUAGGCGGGGCAAUCGUGACAGAGAGAGAGACCGGUGAGAAGGAGACAAAAGGCCUGAGCCGGAGGCUGUAAACGAGUGAGCUAGGGCAAGGGCGGUGCAGAAAGUGCUGGGAAGCGAGGCUCGGGCCUCUCCGGGUGACCUCGCUCCGCUCCACGCCGUUCUCUUCUGGGGAGGGCACAGGAGCAGAAGGUCCUCGGGGCGGCAAGGGUCGGGGGACUACGGACUUCGCCUCUCCUUACGCUUUGAUCCCCCAUACCUCCCUUUUGGGCUCGAGGAGGAGGCGCCGUGUCAUAUGUAAACCGAGAGUGCCCAUCAUGACCCGUGAGUCUUCAGAAGGGCAUGAUCCGGGUCCUAGUAACGCUCAUCAUGCCGGGCUAGCCGCCCCUAUUUUGACCAUGGUCGGGCCCCACCUCGGGUGCCGGCCCCAACCUACAAGCCCGAUUAUCCUGGGGCUCCCGAAAGGCCUCAAAGGUCCCACCCCAGAUGGCCUGCCUCUGCGCCAGGUCUUCUCUGGCCCGUCCCGCCCUCCUCCCACUCCCUCACCUCCGCAGGGUGCCCUCAAGCCUGCUGCCUCCCAUACCCAAGCGGCCCGUUCCACUUUAUGACCCCCACUCCCAUCUCGGCCUGAACCCCGGUUGGGUAAGCGACCACGGUUCUGGCUCCCGUCUGCCUUCUCCCACCUCUGCCUCCCCGACCCCGGCUUGAGCUCCACCCCCCACCCCCGCCCCGCGCCCCGCCUCAGUGUCUCCUUCCCUCAGGCUAGAGACUGACCCCCGCCCUAU